AUGGGUCACCACUAUGAGCAUCCCCUCUUGUGGCUGGAUUGCGAGAUGACGGGCCUUGACCCUCUGAAAGACAGGAUCUUGGAGGUUGCGUGCAUUUUGACGGACGGUGAUUUGGGACACAUGCAGAAGGGGCCCAGCCUGGUGCUGCACUGCCCGAAGAAGGAACUUGAGGAGAUGGGAUCUUGGUGUCGCGAGCAUCACGGGAAAUCAGGACUGACACAAGCCUGCCUGCGGUCAUGUAUGACUGCGAGCGAUGCCGAGCAGCGCAUCAUAGCUUUCUUGAAACUGAACGGAGUAGGCGCUAAAGAAGCAGUUCUAGCUGGAAAUUCGGUUCAUAUGGAUAAGGAGUUCCUGCGGAGAGAGAUGCCAGAACUUAUUGAGUUUCUGCACUACAGAAUCUUGGAUAUUUCCAGCAUCAAAGUUGUCGCAAAAAGUUGGUUUCCCCGUGUAGCUCCGCCGAAGAAGCGGUACAUGCAUAGGGCGCUCGCCGACAUCCAGGAAAGCAUUGAGGAGCUUGCCUACUACCGUAAGCAAAUAUUUAGAGACCUGGAGGACAGCCUUACAUCCCGUGAUAACGCACCGUCAUAA